AUGAGCUCGUCUCAGAUUCUCUUACCGGGCAGACUACUAGGUCGCCACGUUCAGCUUCAGAUUACGAGCUUGCCUCCCGCACAGCGACCACGCACAUCACACACCCGAGAGCGACGCGGCGAAUCAGGCGCACCUUCUGGCCGGUCAAAGUCUCGAGACCUGCAGGGGCCGAACAAAUCACAUAUCUUGUUUCAGCGUUGGGCAGCGAAUCGAAUCCCUGUGGAGGUGUUCGUCUGUGCACGGGGCCUGCAUAUCCUAGUCCUCGGCGCUUAG